AGCACAGCUUGUUAUUGCCGCGUUCGCUACAACUCUUUUGCCUCCACCUUCAUCGUUGAUCUAACUAUUACCGACAAGACUGUAGUACUUAGCUGCACGACUAGAGCUGCCAGGGAAACUCGUGGGUUCGUGAGGAAACAGCAACACCUCGCUUCAAUAACAGGAUGGGAGUAGUCGACAACUUUCAGUUCUUCUGUGAUCGUCGCUCGUCGCUCCAUUUCGCGAAACAAAGAUGAAUCUAUCGCACUAGAAGGCUCCACACCCCCGCUCGUGCAACAGAUAAGUCAAACUCAAAGGCUAUUCAACUAAAGUAUAUUAAACUCGGAAUUUUUCACGACCCUAUUUCUAGUCUGGCACUACGAUUAUGACAGUCAUCUACAUCUUCAGGAUCAAAAUGUUGGACGAGGGAGUACUUUUUUUUUUCUAUUCUUUCGGGUGACGCAACCAGUGAUGUUGAUGUGAAAAGAUAGAAAAUGGCAUGGUCGUACUCGUUUCACUCUAGCCGAGACUAGCUUUGUCCGGUUUUCCGGAACAACGGGCGUAAAGGUUCCUGGAGCGACGCGGUUGUGAAUGUGAUUGAACAAGAUGCCGAAGAACGUUACCAGAUCCAGACUUUCGGUGUCGGCGAAGCUGCUGGCGUUUACGUUUGGAAACGGUAAUUGUAUUAUUGACUUGAUUUCAUCGGAAGUUCAAGUUCAUAUUCAUUCACAUGACAUGUAUUGGCUUCUUGGCUUCCAUCGUCUUUGUGUAUUUUUGGUGAUUUUCAUGCAUAUCAACCGCCCGCACCCGCAGCCGCAGCCGCACGCAAGAACAUGCAGGGACAUCGUGUGAUGCGCUACGUGACGCACAUGCUGCGCAUGCGCUGGUGCAGAAGUAAUGUUGUAAAUCAAUACAACCUAAGAUGUCGCGUUCGCGAAGAUAAAGAUUAAGAUUAAAAAUAACUCUGCACUAAACUUCUACAACGAACAGGCCUAGCUAUCGUGGUGGACCGGGACACGAGGAAGCAACUGGAAGAGGUCGAGUCGUUCCAUGGUUCCGUUGCUGGUGUCGGACCCGAUGGAAACGUCGACCAGAAGCAGGAAGGCAACGAGUUGUACUACAGCGACGAGACGGAAGACGCUCCGGCUAGCGAGAAUGAUGUUGAACAAGGUGGAGAACCGUCGGUGGGGAUGUUGGACAAGGUGGCAGCUGCGUCGGAGAUGUACGACAAGCUCAUGGCCUGCAGAACAACGCGUUGCUGUCGGGCGUUGAACGCGGCCGCAAUGAACGGAAUGCGGACUUUGUGA